AUGCACCUCCCUAAACUGGGAUUGCCUCUUCUAGGCAUCACUGCCUCCCUGGUGUCGGUGGUCUACUCGGCACCAACCGACCUCCAGUCUUCCCAGUCUCCUGACUUCCUCCAGCGCCGUAGUAUACCGAGCGACAUCAGCAGCUGGAAUGUUUGGGAAGAUCACCAGGCUUGGGUCAAAACGAAAACCCCGUUGCCCAAACUGCCGACCGAAGACAGUGGCAGCGAUGGCUAUUGCGACGUGAAGGCAUCCAAACCCCAGUGUCAAUACAUUUACACCAACGAUUGCGGCCAAACCGAAAUUCGAAAGAUUCAAUUGAUUGAUGUCAUAGGCUCAGGAUAUGGUGGAGACAUAUGGCAUGGCAUACAAACCGUCAAUGACGGAGACGAGCAUCGAGUGCAGAUUGAGAUUGUCAAGUCUGAUCCCAUUCGCAGGAUCGAAAGCUUCCAGCUCCUGAAAGAAAUCGGCAGUUCAAACGUGCUCAACCUUGAUGGUUACUUCUACUCGAGCGGGAAACAAUACAAAAAAGGCGAAGGCAGAGGCAGCAAGGUCGCAGGUUUGGUCUCUGAAUGGGGAUCAACGCACACCAUAGCGGAUUUCAAAUCGGCCAGCCAGGCGAAGAAGAAUCAGGCAUUUGCGGAAGCGGCCUCGGGAGUGCGGGCAAUAAAUUCUGCUGGCAUAAUCCACGGCAACAUCACCUUGGAGAACAUUAUGUGGGCCCGUGGGAAAGCAACGAUUGCGGGUUUCGAUGUGGCUGCAAAGCCCCUCACUUCAAGCGGUCUGGUGAGGGACUACUGGAUUGCUACAGCCGGAUCAUCAGCCCCAGAACCGGUGAAGCAGAAACCGUACACAAAGAGUAUUGAUCUUUUUGGUCUGGCAUUUGCGUGGAUUCGACUGUCUUUUUACGACGACCUCAAGGACGACGAUAAGAGAUAUGACCUGUGGAAGGCACUAGUUGGAGACAAGGACAAGUAUCUGACCCCUAAUGAUGUGGAAAAUGUUUUGAAAGAGAAGAUUUCUAGCAUCGGGGAUAAGAAGGAGAUGCUGCAGUUGGCGGGUAAAGCUCUUUGCGGACCGGACGAUCGCACGAUGAAAACCAUAGCGUUCGAAAACGCACUCAAGAACCUUCCAACCUAG